UGUCACGCUCUGGUGACGUCACGUGGAUGCGACCGCUGAUUGGACAGCGGCCUUGCUAUGACGCAACGCAAAGCUCCGGGCUAGCUCGUUUAAGCAGCUCCUCGCGAUCAAACGGAACAAUUGGCUAACAACAGUGGUGACCCCCACCAUGGGACCAGAGCGAGUUUUCCCACUGUGCGAGGAUGACGACAAGAACCCAUGUGACGGAGAUGCGGUCAGCGGAGCGGCAUGGAGCGGGGGUGAGGAGGAUCAGGAGGGGGAGGGGACAAUCCAGCAGGUCCCUUGGGAGGAGGACGGGGGGGGCUACUCGUACCAGCCCCUCAAUCAGGACGGGGAUGACACCCCAAAUCUCCAGCACAGGAUGGAGGUAAUGGGUCUACACCUCCUGGAAGCCCCGCCCUCUGACAACGAUGAGGACAACCCAGAGGAAGCGGCGGCCGAGAGAAGCCGCGCUUCCAUCCCCAUGGAUGCCGCCCAUGUGGAGCUGGUGAAGAGGACCAUGGCGGCGGUGGCGCUGCCGUUACCGGGCGUGCCGUCCUGGGCGCAGGAGAUCUCUGACGACCAGUGGCGGGACGUCGUGCGGCGUGCACUGAGUGGCCGCCGCGCCGCUGCCUUACGGUGCACAGGCCUCAACAACACUUGAGGAACGCCGUUUUCCACCUUCAACAUGACAAACAACCCAAACGACAUGGGCUGAGGCGCCUCUUCUUUAUAUUGUCUUUGAUCCAGUUGAUUUUCUCCUGUCUCUGCUUUGCGUUUUGACGCAAGUGUAUUGCUGCCAGAAAGCACACACUGGUACACAAUAGUUGUCAUGUUAACUUUCAGUUCAGGUGACACGUUUAGAAGAUCUAAGAUGGACUCCUCAUCAGUGAUGCUGUUUACUGAGCGCUCUUUGCUUUCUUUUUGGGCCACGUGCAAUUCAAUCUUGUCAUGUUACAACAGGACAUUGAAUAUAUUUCCAUCAUGUGGUGUGGUCCCGUGGACAACAAAAUGUUUGACAUUAAAAACAAGAUUUGUGCUGCUCUGGUUAAA